AUGAACUAUCCAAAGGGACUAGAUCCGUUCACGUCAAGGCAGCAUUUACUACACCAUGCAUUUUCGCCGCUUAUAUCGCUAGAAUCCACCCAUAAUGUCGAUAAAUGUCUUCAGGCUCUACUAGAUGGGCAAAACUCGUCAAUGUCAACUUUGCAAUUGUUCAAGCCGUUUGGUAAUAAUGCAAGAUACAGUAUACCGAAUCAGCAGUUUAAAGUCACCAAUAAUCAGUUGAUCACCAAGACUUAUGCUAGUUUCCCCAUUAGAUUUGAACCCAGCUUGCCGGAGCUAUUAUCAAUAUCCAUAGCACAGCGAACGAAAACACCGGCGCAAUUGGCGAAUGAAAACAGUGCAAGGCUAUCAAAUAGCGGUACUCUAACACCCGUGGAUAGCGGCAGCAACAGCGGGUCCCAAUUGGACCAGUUGUUUAGCAUAUCUUUGCUUGAAAGCUACUUGCGUCUCUUGGGAAGACAAGAAGAUGACGAUAUCUAUUUAACAUUUUUCGACAAGAUUAUCACUACAAACAAAAUCACCCCUUUUGAAACUUUUAAUCAUCCCAUAAGUCAGGUCUUUGUGAUAGACUAUGAAAACGACUCCAUUGACAGCCUACGCAAGAUGAUUGUCGAGUUUCGCAACUACAACUUUCCCAAAUUUUUCCAAAUUGAUGAUUUGUUGAUUCACGCAUUUAUCAUCUAUGACUCUGCCAAAGUCAAGAUUAACGAUUUAAUGAUUUUGCAAGGGGAGAUCAAGACCAAGUUGAGUGUCAACAGCACCAUUGUGCCCGUGAACCCCGCCAACACUCUCGGCAAAGCCGUGUCCAUAUCCGCGAUUGAAAACUGUACCAUCGAGGAGGAUUUGCAACGUGUCUCGUUGAAGGACAAUACUAAAACAUUUGAAAUCCCCGAGUCGCUAGAUACUGCAUUACGCGAAGGCAUCUAUGAAUAUAUCAACAAGUUCCUCAUACCGCACAUGCAAGCCAAGAUUAGAGCAUGGGACGACCAAAUGCUACAACCCAAAAAAUCGAUAGCCGGCCGGUUCUUUUCGGCAUCAAGAAAAUUCUUCAACAACAACAGCGAUUCCAAUCUUCUUUCCGCCACUAGUUCAAAUUCAAACUCAAACUCAAACUCAAACUCAAAUCAGUCAUCAUCAGGGGAGUCAUACAAUUACGCAGACAACUAUUACUACAAAUCCACCCCGGAGCAAACCAUACGUAAACUCGCAGACUGGUCGUUAAUCCUCAAAGAUUUCAAAUACGCCUACUCGACAUAUGACUUGAUUAAAAAAGACUACAGCAACGAUAGAGCGUGGAUCUACGUGGCAUCUACCCAGGAAAUGUGCAUUGUGUCUUUACUCCUCGCACAAACCCAGCAGAACCCAUCUUCCAUUAGACCACUACAACCAGACAAAAACACCCUCCGCAAGAUCAAGCACGAUAUCAUCGAGCCAUUCAUGGAUAACUUGAGCUACACUUUCAAAUCACGACUCAACCUUAAAACGUACAGUUUCAAAAGCUUUGUUAUGGUGAUUGAACUUUUGCUCGCGAUGUGUCAAAUGUACAACAUUGCAUGGUGGUGGCAAGACUUGAUUGAAAAGUACUUGCUUCAGUUGCUAGCUGAUUUUUCACAACACUUGGCGGCAGUAAUACCGCAACAAAACUAUUCCGUAAUCAAAGCCAUCUUAUUGGAGAGGCUAGGCUACGCUAAUGGCCACUAUUUCGAGUUUACCAGCGAUAACAAUUUUUUACGAGAAGGAGAUGAUGAAGCAGCAAGACAUCAUAAAGAAGGAGAAGCACUAGAAGAAGGGACAUACGUCAAUCAUCUAAAGCUACCAACGAUACAAGCUACAGCAGGGAUAACUAGAUUACGCAAAUCAGCACUAUGGUAUCUCUUAUCGAUGAAAGAAUGGAAACUAGCCAACUGCGAAAAGGCGCAAUUUGUAAAAUUGAUGCAAAACAUAAACUACAUUUACGGCGAUGCCGAUGACUUGCAAGAUCCAACGACGCAAUGGUUUAAUAGAAAGGGCACAUUACUAAGCAUCUUCAAUGAAUAA